UGGCAGUGAGUUCUUACUCGUCCUCAUUUGCUCUACGGAAGUCGUUGUCCUUAAAUUUGUGGAAUCUAAAGAAAGGACCGGAUCGUCCUAGAUUGCUCAUCGGAGGAUUUAAACAGUUCACUACUGUUCUUCCUGGCAGCAGCUAAGCCGCUAGGGUAGAGGCCAGAGGGCCUUCUGACCCACAAUGUCGAGUAACUCAAAUCGGGUACCCUGGGCACAGGGAACUGAAGUGGAGGGUAAAUACCAGUUUAGAGGACGGACAAGAGAGGAUCUUCCUUUUGAGAAGGGCGAGAUCCUUUGCAUUGAAAGUGUUACGCGGGACCCCAAUUGGUACAGAGCUUCAAAUCGUUUGGGACAUGUAGGAAUGAUACCUUACAACUAUGUUAAAGAAAAAAAGAGAGCUGUUAAACUUCAUGCAAUGCCAUGGUUUCAUGGCAAGAUCUCAAGGCAAGAUGCUGAACAACUCCUUGACCGUAAUGAUGACGGCUUGUUUCUGGUUAGAGAAAGUGUCAAUUACCAGGGAGACUAUUCACUCUCUGUUUGCCAUGGUGGUAAAGUUGAACACUACAGAGUAAGAUACACAGAAGAUAACAAACUCACCGUGGAUGAUGAAACCUUUUUCGAAAACCUUACUAAACUUGUAGAGCAUUAUGAAGGAGAUUCGGAUGGGCUAUGUACAAGACUAGCCAAACCUCUGAAAAAGAAAGGAGGACACUAUGAUUUUUCUGUUGAUCCAGAGUCAUUCGAAAAAGAGGGCUGGUCCAUACAACGCACAGAUUUGCAUCUGGGAAAGUCUAUUGGCAAAGGAGAGUUUGGAGAUGUUCUUCAAGCUGAAUACAGAGGAAAAAAAGUAGCUGUCAAGUCUCUUUUAGAUGACAGCCAUGCUGCUCAGACCUUCCUAGCAGAAGCUUCUAUCAUGACGGAUUUGAAUCACAAAAACCUUGUCAAAUUAAUAGGUGUAUCAGUGGGAAAACCUAUUUUCAUUGUAACAGAAUUUUGUGGAAAAGGAAGUUUAGUAGAAUACCUAAGAACAAGAGGGAGGACUGUGAUUAGACAGAAGGAUCUAGUAGGAUUUGGAAGGGAUGUAGCUGCUGGUAUGGAGUAUUUAGAGUCAAAGAAUUUGGUUCACAGGGACCUGGCUGCAAGGAAUGUUCUCAUACAUGAGGAUGGAACAGCAAAGGUGUCAGAUUUUGGACUUGCACGAGAAGCCAACUUUAAUUUAGAAGGAGGAAAGUUCCCUAUCAAGUGGACAGCACCUGAGGCCAUCAAACAUGGGAGGUUUUCAACGCAGUCUGACGUGUGGAGUUAUGGUAUCUUACUGUGGGAACUGUUUUCUUUUGGCAGAACUCCAUACCCCAGAGUGCACAUAGACAAUGUAAUGGUUAAAAUUGAAAGUGGGUAUCGCAUGGAAUGCCCCGAUGGAUGCCCUGUUGGAGUUUAUGAUGUGAUGAAAGAUUGCUGGGACAUCACUCCAAAUCAACGACCAACAUUCCACGAAAUAUACAAGACCUUAGAACGGUUUCACCAAUCAUUUUUACCAGAUGGAAACUGAUGCUACCUUCUUGCAAUAUAACUCCUUUUGGUAAUGAAACCAUAUCUGUCAGAAUGAGAAAUGCUUUGAUUGUCGAUGUCAAUCUUUGCUUUCUCAGUUACAAAAGUUGUAAUAAUAACUCCAUGAAGCAUCUCAUUUCACUUCCACCCAGAAUUUUGAUGAAAUUAGUUUUGUGUUUCAAUUUUCUUUUUCUUUUUUUUUUUAUUUGAUGAGGAAAGUUUCUAAAGUUAGUUUUGGUAAGAAAAGUAAAUUUGUAAAGAAAGCAUUCAAUUUUUAUUUAUCUUUGAAGUUCUAUGGUGAAACAGUCGCCAUUAAUUAGCUCAUGAACAAGUAGGUAAUAAAUGCAAUAUUGAUAUGGAAAUGAUAAUACCUAGGCAACAAUAUAUAUCAAGUUUAUUGUUAGACAUCUGUGAAAUAUCCAUCUGAUUUAUUUUCCACUUCAGCUAGAGAUGUAAUUUAAGUGAUAGACAAAAAUGACAGAAGUUUAACAUGAAUUUAUCAUAUGAUUUUCUUUUGAGCUAUUGAUUUGGACAGCCCAAAUAGUUUAUCUAAUCAAGGAGUACUUUUGCUCUUUUUUUUUCCCUCAAGACAUGGAGUCAAUUUAGAAUUUAACUCCAAAUUUGAAAAUUUCUUAUCAAUGCCACAAAGUUAGUAACAGUUUUUGUAACUAUAAGGACUUAAAUUUAAAUUUAAUGAGCCUUUUUUUAUACACGUGUAUAACAUUUGACUUAAAGCACCUAAGAAGUUGAGAUGCAGAAGCAGAAGUCUAAAUUAGUGAUAAGUAAUUGGUUGCUAGUUGGAUGUUACUGGGUGAAGAGAAGAAAGUUACAUUUUACUUCUCUCAA